GGGAAACAAAACAACAAAGAAAGAAAAAAUGAUAUCGUGUUUUACCGGUACUUAUGAAAUUAUUACUCAUUACUCGGCUGGCAUUUAAAUAAAAAAAUAAGUUAAUAAAAUAAUAAAGAAGCAAACUCGGAUAACUAAAUGAGAUUAAACUUCAACAAUUUAAAAUUUAAUAAAACGGGAACCCGGCUGAAAUCAGACAAUUCUAUCAAUUCAAAUGGAUGGCGAAAGGAUCUUUUCCUUGUCGAAAAGGCAGCUUCAGAUGAUGCACGCUGAUAUAUCAGGAGACGAAAUGGUAGAGUAUACUACUAUGACAGAGUAUUUUAAAAACUCAAAUAACUGAUAUGCUUAGUAUAGUAGUAUAUAAAGAAGUUAAUGGAAACUUGUGGGGGAAGUUAGUGGUGUCAUAAUAAUUAGGGCAGCCCAAUCUGAAAAACAACAGUAGUAGUUUAGAUUUUUUUAGAGAAAUAUUCUAAAAAAUCAUAAUUCAAAAGAAUUGUUGUUUUUUUUGCAAAAAUUAUUCACGCGAUUAAUAAUAAAUUUAAUGCUUUCAUUUUAAAGAAUUGUAUUUCUGUUAGCAUUAUCCUACAGCCAGCCUUACAAUAAACUCUGACUGUUCUAAAUAUAGUUGAACAAAUCUUCUUGAGGUUUUGACUUGAGUUUGAGUCUUGAGAAAGAUUUUUAUUUUUUCAGUUAGAUCCCAGAAUCUUGGUGGUACAUUUCCUUUACUUGAAGAACAAAAAUGUCAUUCUUUUUCUUCUAACAAAGUCUUUAACUAACUGUCUAUGAUUGAAAGGAUUAACUCUAACGAAAUUUACAGUUUUCACUACAAUAUCCAUGACAUUUUGCAGUAUACCCAUCUUUGGCUUAUGAUCAUUCGAGAUGCCACGACUUAUUUUCCAGGGAGUGACUUCCCUUUGUUUAUUUUUACUAAAUUAUUUUAGGUAUCGAUUUAGGGUUCAGGUUAGGCAUAGGGAUCAAUUUAGGGUUCAGGUUAGACAGAGGGAUCGAUUUAAGGUUUCAGGUUAGGCUUAGGGAUCGAUUUAGGGUUCAGGUUAGGCAUAGGGAUCAAUUUAGGGUUCAGGUUAGACAGAGGGAUCGAUUUAAGGUUUCAGGUUAGGCUUAGGGAUUGAUUUAGGGUUCAGGUUAGGCAUAGGGAUAGAUGACUUCAUGUGACGUCUCAACCAAGAUGGCGGCCACUGAUAAAAUAGUGGCAUUUUCAGUGACCAUUUACCAAAAUAUUAGAGGACAGGGGGGAUAGAUAUUUAGAAAAUAAUAAUCAUAAUAAAUAUUUCAAUGCUUCGCGGGCUGCCAAGUGGGUGCUGGCGGGCCACAUGCGGCCCGUGGGCCGUAUGUUGUGCAGGCCUGUUUUACGGCAACAUUUCUUAUCUCAAAUAAGAGCAAUAGGUUUCUUUGAAUUUUUAGACUGUUACACCAAACUUUGGUUAUUAAUUGCUUUUAAAUGAGAACAUAUUGAUUUUAAUUUGGAUAUACUUUUUGCAUUAUUGAAUGCUGAGAUUAUAUCUCAGUGGAGUCUCCAUUAAACUUUCUAAGACUCAAAUGUCUGAUUUAGAUAUUACAUUAUAUAUCAAAGAAGAAAGAAAGGAACUGAAACCUGUUUCAAGAAUAUUGAAAAAAUUCUUAAAGCUAACAUUUUUUUUUUUUUUUUUCUAAUCAGGUUGGCAGGUAGCCACUUAAUUGGCUUAAUAUUAAUAUAAUGCUUCUUACAUUUAGCAUCAUUAGUUUUGAAAACAUGUGGAACAUUUUUUAUUAUGCUUUAAGGGACUAUUUAAUGGGGAAUCGUUAAUGUUAAUCCUAAUCUAUUCUUUGAUUGACUUGUAAUUAGUUAAUAUGAGGAAGUAGUCAGUAUACCCUUUAUUAUAACUUGACAUUAUAAUCAAGUAUAAUUUUUAUUUGUUGUGUAGCAACUUAAAAUAUUUUUAAACUAAAUUUUAUCUGAAAUCUUUAAAAAUUUAGGAUGAUGUUUCCAGCACAGCUAGUACUAAAGAAGAGGAAUCUUCACGUAGUGAAACUCCCACCCUUAGGUCACGUAAUGGCAUCAGAAACAAGCGCCAGAUGAAAAAGUGCCGUUUACAGUUUAAGUGUACAAAUUAUCUCAAGGUUAAUAACAGUUUACAAAAUUUUAGGUACUAAAGCAGACUUAAGACUAAGAAAAUAAUUAGUUAUUGUUUUCAACAUUAGGGUUGUCAUAAGUAGUCCUAAGGUAAGUUUUUCUUAAUGACUAAGAUUUGAAACUUUUUUUAAUAGAGUAAAUCUUAAAUCAUGACUUUAUCUCAUACUUAAGAUCUUUUUCCUGCUUUCUUUGAUGUUGGCUGAUGGAUAUUGAAAAUACUUAAGUUUCAAUUUGCUUACAUUAAAAUUUAGUAACUGUACAUUUAUUCUAGAAUUUCUUACAUAUUUUUAGUAGUUUAAUUUUCAGCAGCAAAAAAUACUUAAAAUAAAAUAACUUUCAUUUUAAUAUUUUUUUUAUUUUAAAGCUUUUGAAAUGUCAUUGAUGCAAUUUACAUUUUUUACAUAAUUUUCCUCUACUGAGUGCUCACUCAUUAAUGAAUUUUGUGAUCUGAAAUUCCGUGCUUGAUGCACUGAUGCUAUACAAAGAUAUAAAGUGCUCUUUUUUGCAUAAUCAUUAGAUCAAAUGACCUAAGUGCUUGAAAACAUUUCAUGAUUCUGGUUUAGAUUUUGAUAUAGAUUUUUUUCUGUGCAUAGGAGGACCAUGGCCAACCUUUGUUUGGAAUACAGAUAAAUCUUGUUAUGAAAGAAACAGAUCCAAUUUUAUUUGCCACCGUUGGUCACAACCGUGUAAGUCAUUACAUGUAUCAAAGAUAAUUUUAAUUUUAUUUAAUCUGCUUUGCCAACUUGUUCCCAUCUAUUAUGAAAUUAAGGGUAUACAAAGUGAGAUUGUGUUCAUACAAUUUAAGCCAAAAUUUGACAAUUUUAUUUCUCUAACUUGACAUCUUUUAAAAAAGCAAACAUAAAAAAAGUAAAAGUAGUUGUAAAUUGAAGGGUAUACAAAAAUUAAAUGAAACGACAUAUGAUUAUCAUUUUUAUCAUUUAUUGAUUGACACUUUUUUUCGUUCUCUCUUUGAAUAAAUCCUAGGUCACAAUCUAUGAAUGCCAUGAUGGUGGUAAAAUCAAACUACUUCAGUCCUAUGUUGAUCCUAGUGUAUCCUUAUGUGUAUUUAUAUAUCUUAGACAUUCCUAUUUAAGUAUUGAAAAUAACUUCUGGUGGGGGGAUGGGGGGGACUUGACUUAUUGUUUAUGGGCUGCUGAUUUUUUAAAAAUAUAUCGUUAUUUUUAUUUUUUUUUUAAGUUGAAAAGUUUUGGAUUGUAUCAACUUUAUAAUCUAAUCAGGGUUGUUUUUUUGGUUUCUAAAUGUUCAUUUAUAACCUUUAACCGGCUUUUUAGACGGAUGAAAACUUCUAUUGUUGUGCUUGGUCUUUUGAUGAUGCAACGGGUCAACCAAUCCUUGCAGUGGCAGGAGUUCGUGGUAUAAUACGUAUCAUCAGUCCAACUAUGGGACAAUGUAUCAAGGUAUUAGUAAUAUCUAGGUAUUUUCUGGAUUACUUUGUAUAGAGUAUGGAACUUACAUCAGCAGUCCAGGUAUGGGACAAUGUAUAAAGGUAAAAUCUAGGUACCUACAUAAGAUUACUUUGUAUAGAGUAUGGAACUUAAUCACAUCAUCAGUCCAACUAUGGGAAAUGUAUAAAGGUAAUAUCUAUUUACUAUCUAGAUUACUUUGUAUAGAGUAUGGAACUUACAUCAUCAGUCCAACUAUGGGACAAUGUAUAAAGGUAAUUUCUAGGUACCUACAUAAGAUUACUUUGUAUAGAGUAUGGAACUUAAUCACAUCAUCAGUCCAACUAUGGGACAAUGUAUAAAGGUAAUAUCUAGGUACUGUCUGGAUUACUUUGUAUAAGUAUGGAAAUUAAUCACAUCAUCAGUCUAACUAUGGGACAGUGUAUUAAGGUAAUAUCUAGGUACCUACAUAAGAUUACUUUGUAUGCAGUAUAGACUAACUUUGCCCUUCAGAUUUUUCAGUUGGAUCUUAUCCUCAAUGAAAUGGGUUAAGAAAAUUAAACAGAAAUUCUCUACAUUUUUAAUUUGCAUCUUUAUGUACAGUCAAACCCUUUAAACUAAGCAUUGUAGCUUUUUAAAAAAAAAAUUUUUUAAUAAUGUAGUAUUGAUGAAGUAGUAAAACUGAAUUGUUAGUCUGUUAAGAAAAAUGGUGGGCUAAGCGACUCCGGUCACCCAACCCAGACAGCGCUCCAAGGAUUUUUUUGUGGCAAGCAAGAAAUGUUUGUGACAUGCAUUUACUUUGCAGUAGGACCCACUUCUCUCAUAUAAUGAGGCAGGCACACUACCAUUAUGAAAAAAAGUUGUAAAGUUGUUAUUGUUAUUUAAUAAAUAACCUCACAAUUAAAAAAUAACUCAGGCAAUGUCUUUUUAAAAAAAAAUAAUUAAUGUAUUUUCUCUUCUCUCCAGCAAUUUGUUGGUCAUGGGAAUGCAGUGAACGAACUGAAGUUCAAACCUAAAGAUAAUAAUCUCCUCCUUUCAGUGAGCAAAGGUAAUGUUUUUUUAUAAAUGCUAGUUUUUAUCAAUCCUGUGUACUUAAUGAUUAAAACUUGAAAAGUCUUGAUUCUGAGCCCUUGUGUAAAAUUAGGAAGUAAAACCACAUCCGAUGAGAGUACAUUUUUGGCCAAAUCAUUUAAUUAUAAAGCCGAUCUUUACUUAUUUAAAAUUCGGUUCAAAUUCUUUAGUGCAGUCUAUUCUUUUGUUUGGUCUCCCCAUGAUCUUAAAUUUUAAUUUGGCACCCGGAAUCAGUUAACAUGGAUUCUCUAAGUGUGUUGCGCAGGGUGAUUCCGAUAUGUUAUCACUGCUGGAGAGCUUAUACAAAGAUUUCAAAGUCUGUUUAUUGUUAAAACUAGCUUAAAAAUAAAUUUACACAUGAAUGAUAAAAUUUGAUUUGAAUUAUGGAUACAAUGGAUAAUUGUGUGAUUAACAAAAGAAAAGCUGGUGAAUGUAACAUUUGGGAUGAAUGAAAUGGAGCACCAAUAAGGGGAAACAACUUUCCAAGCCUUGUUUAUUAAGUAAUGAUUAAUCAUUUGAAACUUGGCUGCACAUUAUGUGGCACUGAAAACAAUCAUUCUGAUCAGUGUUUUGUUUGGGAGGUAUACUUGCAAAUGGUUCCCAACUUAUUAAGCUGCUAUUUACCUCCAAACAUAGUCAUCUUCCAGGAAACCAGUUGUUAGGCCAAGAGAUACCUUGAUUAAAAAGGAAUGAGAACCACUGCUUGUCUUUUUUUUUUUUUUAAAUAGCGGGGAAAAUUUAAAAACUGGAGAUUAAAUUAAUGACAUGACAAUGAGACAAAACUAUUCAAAUUAUUUUCACCAACAUACAGAUAUUACAGAGUAAUAUGACAAACCAUUUUAUUGCAUCUACCUUGUAGAUAUUACAGUGUAACACAACAAACCGUUUCACUGCAAGCACUAAAAGGCAGGUUUUACAGUGUAACAAACCAUUUCACUACAAGUACUACAAGGCUUGAUAUUUUAGUGCCAUCUCGUACUGGGAGUUUACAUGUCAUAAAUAAUUUACAUCAUGUUGGGAGCUUCCAUGCCAUACAUAAUUUACAUCAUGUUGGGAGUUUACAUGUCAUACCUAAUUUACAUGCAAUACAUAAUUUACAUAUCAUACAUAAUUCACAUGCCAUACAUAAUUUACAUGCCUUACAUAAUUUACAUCACUUUGUAUAUUAAAUGAGGCCAGUGUCAAUGCUUUGACCACCUCAUUUGAUCCCUCCUGUUGUAACUUUUAGUGUCUGACCAUGUCCAGUGAGGACACAAGUUUCAGCGGAGAUCAUCCUCGCAGUCAGUUUUCUCAUCUUCAUAGAAACUGCGCUCAAACAAAGACUCACUCACUUAAGCUGAUUAUUUUUCUUGGUAUUUUUUCAUGUCAAGAUCAUGACCUCAGAGUUUGGAAUGUCAAAACAGGAGUAUGUGCUGUCAUCUUUGGGGGUGUAGAUGGACAUAGAGAUGAGGUGCUAAGUGCUGUGAGUAUACCUAGAUGUUAAAAAAAAAAAGCGGACAAGCUAGUUUUUGAAAUAUGUAGUCACUCUUCAGACUUAAAACAAUUUAGUCAUCAGUUUGUUUGUAGUUGUGAGUUAUUAUUAUUUUAGUACUGUGAUUUGGGAAGCAUAAAAGAACAUUAACUACGGUAUACUUCAUUGCUAAUUAUGUUAUUAGAAAGGAAUUUUGAAAAUUUCUUGCUCAACACCUAAAUCAAAUAGUCUGUAACAUAAUUGUGCUGGAAAAAAAGAGGCAAUUUUUUCUAAUUUUAAUUAAACUUUCCUAAGCGAUCAAUAUUUCAUUUACUAGAUAUGCUGCAAUUUACACAUUUUUUCUUUUUUAAAUUCUUUAAAUUGUUACUUCUGUUAAAGGCAAUCUGCUCGCCAUCUUUUCAUGCCACUCCAUUUUAGUGCCAACGUAUUGGGUCAGCUGCUUGUGUGAAGUUUGAUCUAAAACAAGUGUAUAUUUUUACACCACUUAUAUAAAUGUUUAGUUAGUCCUUAGCUCAAGUAAACAUUUUACUUUUAGUUGCACAUGUUAGAAAUUAGUUGUUUUGAAAUAAACUGAUACUUGUUCGUAAGCUGACAUUUUAAAAUAAAUAUUUUAGGGGAAUAGGUGCGCAAUUGACUUAUCAACUGGUUAAAUGAAAUUAGAAAACUAUAAAGCAAAAAGUAAUUAACGGAAGUCAACAAAAUUGGCAGUGUGUGUAAAAUUGAGUCACACGUUGUGUCCUCAUUUUGCAAUAAAUUAUGAGCUUGUUAUUGUAGAUCGAACAGCUGUCCUAUUUUUGUAAAUGUUCAGUAUGGUUACCCUAAAUACCAUUAGACUGCAAAGUGAGCCACCUUGAAACAUACCUUGUAUGUUUAUUAGUUUUUGAGUCUUAAAUAAUUAUUUUUAAAAGUUUGGAUUUUUUUAAAAACUAUUAUUUUCUUUAGUACCUAAUUGUUUCUAUUGAAAAUUAUUUUAUGGAGGACGGAUUAUGAGCGGGUUACACACUUUCAGGCUUUGCCCGGCCAAAACUAAGGAGGUCAGAUUAUUAACAAACAAGCCAUUGAACAAGUAAAUGUACGGUAAUUUAUCAUUUUACUCUCAGGACUUCAAUCUCAGUGGCACAAAGAUUGUUUCCUGUGGAAUGGAUCACUCUUUAAAAAUAUGGAACCUUGAAAAGCCUGACAUCAGGAAAGCAUUACAGGAAUCUCAUAACUACAAUAUAUCAAAACAUGAUGAGUAUGACAUUUCAUAGAUUCAUGGGAUAAUUUGGGGGUUCUUCUUAAUUCUCUGUACCCCACUCUAUUGAAAUCUCAACUCAUUAAAAAAUGAUGAUUCAAACAUCAUUUUAAUGAAAAAGAUAACUUUUUUUUUUGUUGAAAGUUUUAAUGGCUCAUAAAACAUUAACUUCAUCAAUUAAUAUUAGUACAUAGUCGAAAAAGUUGGAAAGAGACUAUGUAUGUAAUUUUUGCAUUACUUUUAUAAUUAUACAUUAAUUUACCAAUAUUGUAAAUGCAUUAUUGCCAUCCAUUGGGUAGUUUAAGUAGUUAGAAUAUAUUCCAUUUUUUUUUCCUACACAAGUUUCAAACAAUAAAUUUGCCCAAGUAUAAAAAAGAGAGAGGGAUCACUUUCUAUUUAAAUGUCUCUAAUUCUCUAAAAUAAAAUAAUUAAAUUUUUGUUAAUAUCUGUUUCUCUUUUUUCCAAUAGGCCGUUUCCUACAGAAUACUGCCAUUUCCCCGACUUCUCCACCAGAGACAUCCACAGGAACUAUGUUGAUUGUGUGCGGUGGUUGGGAAAUCUGGUUUUAUCAAAGGUGAAGUUAAAUCAUUUAACAGUUGAGGAUUAUUUUUUUAAAUUUUUCUUUAAUCUGAAAUUUGCUGAAUUCAGUAAAAUGAAUUUCUUCCAAACUUAAGAUAUAUUUUGGCUUAUAUCAAAAGUUUUAAUAAAUCAUUUUUAUUUAUUUAUUUAUUUAGGUAUUUUUAUAAGCGCUUUACAAUAAUUAAAAACAUGUAAACUAACUAAAAUAAAAAUGAGACAUUAGGAUAGUAACUACUAUACCAUAGAAAGAAUUAAAAUGGCUAUAAAACGAGGACACUUUGGCACGUUUUGGCCUAUAUUACACUUGAUACAAACCCAUGCUUUAUGGACAAUCCAUAUAUUAUGUAUGAUAAAGUAAAGUUCACCCCCCCCCCCCAACUCCUCCCUUUUUCUAUGCAUGUACAAAUAAGCUUUCUAUUUUAUUUUUAAAAAAAAAAAUUUAAACUGGAAUUACAAAUUACAGGACAAUUAAAUGAAGUCAUCAUAACCCUAUGUUUCCCGACAAAGGGCGGAAAAUUGAAGAUUUUGAGAGGACAAUUAGUCUCUGAGAUAAGAAAUUUAUUCAAGUUUCAAAAGGUGGGUGGUUGGGGGGUGUUUUGCAUAGAUGCGCAUUUAUGAUAUCAUUGUGUUUUGGACCACGCCUUCUCCAAAGUAGACUAUUUGUCAAAAAAAUGUAGACACCAUUAUAUUGCAUAUACAGAUUGUCACCCUCACUUCCACCCACCCCACCCCUCCAACCCUUUAGAUGAGUGACAUCAUUUAUGGAUGGCCCUUUAAUUGUAACAUGGAGACCUCUUUUUUUUUUAAAUUUCACUUAGGGUUGGAAAAAGUGGGUUGGGGGGGGGGGGGGGAUAAAAUUUUUUUUUUUUUUAAUUUUUUUUUUGGUUGUUAAAAUUUGGUUGGGGGGGGGGGGGGCAUUAAACUUUUUUAGAUGUUCGGGUGGGGUUUGAAAUUCAGUUGUGAUUGUAUUUUAUGGACAUCUUCACAUCUUUGUACACAAAUCCUAUGCUCUCUGCAUUGCUUGUCUAUUAAUUAAUGCUAUAAUUUAUAUCCAAAAGAAACACAUUUACAAUAACGUUACUUUCUUGCAAUAAAUUAAAUUUGGAGUUAAAAAAAAAAAAUAAUUCAUAUCUACACUUAAAAGCGACUUGUUUUUGAAAGAAACUAAAUGUAUGCUCCGUGUGAAAUAUUUAGUUUAAUGUACAUCCUGUUCUUGUCUUCAGUCUUGUGAGAACUGUAUAGUUUGUUGGCGGCCUGGCAGCCAUCACGACUCACUCAAAGUCAAAUCAGAUGACAAAGAAAGCGUGUGGGUCCUUCAUCGGUUUGAGUAUAAAGAAUGUGAGAUUUGGUACAUGAGGUUCUCACUUGACUACAAUCAACAGGUCAAUAAUUAUUAACAUAUAUAAUUAUAAAAUUAUGACUGAAUGUUGUUGUGCAUAAUUUACUAAAUGACUUGAGAUUGAAAAUUCUUCAUAUUGUAAAUUCAGUUGGGGAAAUGAAUCGCUUUCAGGACCUGUACCGGUACCUUUGAAAUCAUUUUGCAUGGUCCUGCUAACCCUCUGCUGGAGACAUUGUAAACAUUUAUCAAGGGAGGCCGUGAUUAAGCAGUCCUUAUAAACUGUCUAGAUGUUACGUGAUUAAGCAGUCCUUAUAAACUAUCUAGAUGUUAUGUGAUUAAGCAGUCCUUAUAAACUGUCUAGAUGUUACGUGAUUAAGCAGUCCUUAUAAACUGUCUAGACGUUACGUGAUUAAGCAGUCCUUAUAAACUGACUAGAUGUUACGUGAUUAAGCAGUCCUUAUAAACUGUCUAGAUGUUAUUUGUUAUGGAAGGAAGGACUUUGACCGUCUUCAUCAGGAAACUGACAAUUGACCCUCAGGAUGGCUGACAAGAACAUGUGGAAGUCAGUUGUUCCCCAAGACAAUACAUUAACUACACAGUACUUGAAAAACUAAAGACUUUGAAUCUAUUAAGCGAUAUAUUCCUGAUAACCAUAUGUUUAUAAUAUUAUUUUAUAAUGCGCUGACAUAUCUUAUCAUAUUCUAAUGAAUCUAAAAUCUUACUUCACCCUCACUUCUAUUUAAAAUUUUUAUUUACCGUGAACCCUAAAACAUUCAUCAACUGCUGGACUCGCUGAGCCCUGUUGUAAUUUAAUUUAUUCGAGGGGGUAGGGGGUGUAUGCUCCCUUAUGCCUUACAAGUUAAUAUAGUUUAGGAGUAGUAUAUAAUAAUGUUUAAACUUGUAAUGAGCUCCCUGUUGUUGUAUUAUUGCAUAGUUUUCUUAAUUAAGGUUCAGUUGAUGAUAAUUUGAAGCAAAUGUUUAGUUCUGCAUUUUAGUAUUUCUGUUCUUUCGGUAGUUGUAUAGGUGAAGAAUUCCGCUUCACAGGAGCGUGUAGUUGAGAAAGGCUGCGAUCAUAAUUUUACUAUCUCCAACAAUAUUUUGAAUUCAUCUCCCUAAAACUUUGGCAGAAUUGGUCUUGAAACGCAAUUUAUAUUUCAGGUUAAAAUGUCAACUCUGUGAGGACCUCGCAUUCUGCUGAGUUCUUUGUUCACAAAGAAGACAUUCAUUACCCAUUUAAAAUCAUUAAUCAUCUUCUCCAGAGCUGUGGUAUAUGUUUGAACUUCUCUUUAUUCGUGGGACCGGUAUAUGAGAAAUAUGUGUGAACGUCUCUUGUUUUUAUGUUUCUUGAGCUGUAGUAUGUGUUUGAUGUUCAAACGAGAUGCACCUGAAAAUGUUUCUUAAAUUUUUAUGUUAUUUUUAUUGAAGAUGCCGGCGACAUCGAUUAAUUUGUAGAGCGAAUUUGUCACCAGCCUCCUGUUAUAUUGGGCUGUGUUCAAAUGGAUUCUGGCAACAUUGAAUUAUCAUUCUCAUUUCAUGCUGCUUUUUUGUUUCUUAUUCUUUUAAUUUCAUUUGAUGUUUUAUUAUUUUAUUUCCUGUUUGGGAACCACUGAUCUGGAGUGCAAAUAAGUAUUUACUAUAACUAUAUUUUGUAACUGUAACAUAGAUAUACAAAAUUCAGUUUCUUACUCUCCACUAGAUAAUGGCUCUUGGCAAUCAAGUUGGUCAUAUCUUUGUUUGGGAUCUAGAGGUGGAUGAUCCUACUCAAACCAAGUAAGACCGUUGUAACAACAUCUAUAACUUAACAUUGUUUCAAUUUCAAUAUUCUCCAAAUCCCUAUUUUAGACAAAAUAGCUGAAGAAAGCUUUGGCCAAAAUGUACAUUUCACUCUACUUUAGAUGUAGCACAAAUCUUUAUGUAGCACAAAUCUUUGUGUGGCCAUAAAUAAUCAAAGCCCAUUUGAGGUAUUUUAAACAUUGCUGUUGAGAGCAAGAUUUGAUUAAAAAAAAGAUGUUGUAGUCGUAGUAACAGCUUCACAUUUAAUUUAUUAUACACAAAAUUUAUACCCAGUGUCGUUUAAAAAGCUUUUUCAAUGUUCCUGAACACCAAAAACUUCCUAUUUAACAGAUUUACCAAGCUGUCCCAUCACAAAUGCAACUCAGCUAUUCGUCAAACUGCUUUCUCAAAAGAUGGUAAUGUUAUGCUUGCAGUCAGUGAUGAUGGCAACAUUUGGAGAUGGGAUCGGAUCAAAUAAAACAAUCUGCUUUUCAGCCAAAGCAUGAGUUGAAGUAAUGACAGAUUAUUCUAUGAUUGAUCCUCAGAAUGUAAUGAGUAAUAUUAGGAGGGCUAAAUUUUUUUAAUGAAUGUUUUAAUUGCAUUUGACUUAAAUAAAUGAUGUGGGCUUUGAAUAAUGUGCAUAUCUUAGUUGGAAUGCAUGUUAUUUUUUGUUUACGUUAUUGAUUAUAAAAAAUAAAGUUAUCUUAAACUGAUGUAA